AUGCGGACGGAUUUGUCAUGGAUUAAAAAAAAGCUUCUUGAAGAACUUGGAGAGAACAGACUUCCGUAUAUGACACCAGCUGAUGCUGAUUUCCAUGAGUUGUGGAAGACCAAAUAUUCCAAGCUGAUUUUCAGAAAAUCUGAUACAGUACCCGAAGAGCUUCAUCAAAUGGUACAAGAAGGCUUUCUGACCUUGCGAAAACACGAAUGUUUCUUUCAAGAUCUUGUGCGGAUCAAAGGAAAAGAUUUUGUUACCCCGGUGUCCCGUAUAUUAAUUGGAAAGCCAGGAUGCACUUACAAGUACUUGAACACAAGAUUAUUUACAGUUCCUUGGCCUACUGAAGGUUAUGAUAUAAAAUAUUGCAGUCCUCAAAUACACGAUGCUUGUAAAGCAUUAAUCAGACUUAAUGACUACUUACAUGUUGAAGCAGUCAAGGCAUUACAAGGACAAAAUUUGUUUGAGACCAAAGAAAUUAAAGAUACUACUGUAAUAGAUAGGGAGGAAAAUUUUGCUACUUCUCUUACAGAGGAAGGGUCUGUUUCAAAAGAUCAAAGCAUUUGUGUACCAGAGCAUAACUACGCAAGUCUAGAGAAUAGAACGUCUUAUAACUUGACUUUAUUAAAUUAUAUGGAUCCACUGCAAAUGCUGUACUUGAAACAAGAGCCUUAUUUUGGAAUGGGGAACAUGGCAGUGAGCUGGCACCAUGACGAGAAUCUGGUUGAAAGGUCAACGGUUGCUGUGUACAGUUAUAGCUGUGAAGAUUCAACCAUGCAAGAAUGUAAUGAACAAGAACUGGAGGGAAGAGACCCAGCUGUUUGGCACGUAGGCUUGAAGGUAGCAUGGGACAUAGAGACACCUGGAUUAGCAAUACCACUUCACCAAGGAGACUUCUACUUGAUGCUUGCACCUCGAUUCAGCUCAACUCACAGAGUGGCAGAUUGCUCAAGAGGAACAUUGGAAUACAUAUUUGGACAAUGUGAACUGGCACUCCAGAAUUUACAGAUUGAGUCAAAUUCAAUGGCUUUAUCUCUGAAGUCACUGGAAACUGCAGUUAUAAAGCAAGUAGAAGAAAUACAUAAUGAGAUUGAGUUUGAGUGGCUCAGGCAGUUUUGGUUUCAAGGCAAGCGGUAUUUGAAGUGCACCGACUGGUGGCUUAAGCCUAUGGCUAAACUGGAAGAAUUUUGGAGAAAAAUGGAGAUUAUGACAAGCCUGAUCCUCUCUGAAGUUAGAAAGAAGGAACAAAUGGAGGAACAAAGGAGUGAAACCAUCAACUGCCUCUUGCUAGUUCUUACUGAGCGACAAAAGCUGCGUAAAGAAUGGACAGCAAGAUGCCAGUCAGCAGUGGCAGAGAGCUUGCCAGAAGACCAGAAACCAGAAUGCUAUCCCUUCUGGACAGAUGACGAAUGUAAUAUGCCUCUGCCAUAUGAUCUUGAAGAAGUAAUUGCUAAUCUACAAAAUCUUGUUCAGUGGAUAAAGUAA